CCGCACACAACACCAACACCACAACUGCUUUCACCAUCACCACCCGCUACCUACUUCACUUGCACCGAGUAUAUUGAUCCCCUUGCCACGGCGCAGCCUCUGCGUAUCUAUAUCCGUUUGCGGGCCACAACAAGCAUGAACGUCAUCAACCAACACUUCGCACCCCCUCCUCACCUGCUAAACAACCGCCUCUCGCCUUCCCGCUCUAUCCUGUCGUCGUCGAAUACCAUGUCUAGCAGAAAGCGCAAGGCGGACGACGAAGGCAGCGGCGGAGAUGAUGAUCGCAUGUCCGCAUCCCCUUCUGGGUCUCCUGCUGUAGCAGCACGCCCUCUCCCACGUCACUCCACGAAACGCAUGCGCACAAACGUUUCCGGCCGUCCGCUUCCCCUACCACGACUGCUUGAGACGCUAAGUGCGGACGAGAUGCGGCACCUCCUGCAAUCCAUCUGCCAGCGCCACCAUGACAUCGGCACCGAAGUUGUCUCUACCGCUCCACGGCCGAGCGUCCAGUCAACACUGGAGACUCUAGGCAGAUACCAGUCCGCUUUCCAGGCUGCAUUUCCUUUCGGAGGGCGGCCGUCGUCGGACUACUCUUACAAUCGUGUUCGCCAAAAUCUCAUCGAGCUUCUUGACGCCCUGAAGGACUUCACGCCCCACUUCCUGCCGCCCAACGAGGCCCAGCCUGCAACGUCGCUAGCAUUCCUUGAUGGCGCUACUGAGAUCAUUCAUCGUCUUCCUGACUGGGACACGUAUCAGCACAACCGGCAUAAGGCGGAGGCGUAUGAAGAGAUGGCAAAGGCAUGGGCAGCAGUCAUCCGCGAGGCAGUGAAGCGCGCUGGUGGCAUACAGUUGCAGUACGGCAACUGGGAUCAGAAGAUGGCGAAGCACAAUGAGGAGUCAGGCGGCCGCAUGCAAGAGGCGGUCAAUGAGCUGCGUGGAAGCUUGGGCUGGACGGGUAGCAAUGCGCCGACGACGGUCGCAGGUGGGCCUGCCGAUACUAUAUCUAUCCGGCAACAGUUGCUGAGUGGAACCUAUGGUAUGGGUGCGCCUGUGCGAGUUGGCCCCUGGUAACGGACUGAAAUGUCUGGCGAGUCUGCAAAGGGCGAUGUCGGUAUUGAUAGAACACGGCAGACACAUGGAAAGACAGUAACAGCUGGAGGGAUACUCGCUCGCGAUUGCCGUGAUAUUGGAUGAGCAUAGGGAGUCAUCUGCUCAUUACAAUUUCCCAUAUUGCGUCAAACACUGCGGAUAUCGUCGUGGCAUUGCAUAGCGUAUGCACGUUUAGGAAGGGAUACCACAUUUUGGAGUGCAAACAGUUUUGUCCACUUCCAUGGGAGGAGGUUUUCACGAUAACGACCCUGGCUUUCAUUCGAUGCAUAGCGUGUCUAUCUAUUCGUUCAUCGGGAAUCUUUAGUGUCCCUUACUUCCUAGGGUUUUGGGCGUACAGACGAGGGCCUGAGUUUCGCCCUCUAUGUCGUCGGCGUAAUCUCUUUGCAAUCGAUAUACUCAUGGGUGGGCGGUUGGCAGUAUGUUCGGGAGGGUUAUCUCUAG